GGGGCGGCGCCCACUUUCCUUUACACUUUCAUACCAACAUCUUCGGGCUCUGACCUCCGGCCAUCCGACGAACCGAGCGCCGGCGACCAAGGAACCGAGCAGCAGACUCCCGUCCAAUCUCAGAGCGGGCCUUUAUCGGGGCUGAAGCCAAUUCCCCGGCGAUCUGAGAGUGGCGAGGUGGAAUCUACGGAUACCACUCUGUACAGAGGGAGAUUGAAUCCCUGGAACGUCAAGUCUCCGUCAAAAUGUUAUACAUCCAGUGAGUAUAGGGAACUGAGUAAGAAGGUGGAAAUUCUUGAAGGGAGACUGAAGUUGUCGAGGCAGAGAGAAAGCCGUACGGCAAAGUUAUUAGAUGCUAUUGACAAGCAGAAGAGGCAG